CCGGGUUGCAGCCGCCGCCUGCUCCUCCUGUUGGAUUCUCUGCGCUUGGCUUCCGAAGAGGUUGCCGGCACAGGAAAGGAAGGGGGCGAGGAGGGGAAGCCUGUUUCCUUUUGCUUUCCUUUAUUUAUUUUUUCUCCAACAGGCACCGCCGCACCCCUCUUAAGAGCCUUAACGCUACAGUGCGGCGCUGUUAGGGGCUCUUUUAUCGCCCGGGAGAUCAGCCCGGCUACGGCUGCCGGUGGGGUUGUGCAUGCGCCUUCGCGGGAGCGCGGAUGCAUUUGGAGGAGGAGCAGCAGCAGCAGCAGCAGCAGCAGGGAUUUGGAUAGCUUAGGCGCCCUGUAGAAAGGCGUCCUCUUUGUGGGUGGGUUCUCCCCCCCCCUUAGCGCAUCGUAUUUAGUUGGGGAUUCUGGCAGGGCUUUGGGAGAGGGGGGCGGGGGUGCCCUGGCACCGAGCGGAACAGACGCGCCGUCGUCCCCACCUCCCUCUCUUCAGUAGCUCCGAGCGGAGUGACUGAGGGGGGGACGCGGCCAGCGGCGUCCUCUCCCCCCCCGCCUCCCCAGCACCGCUUUCCCCGAGGCGGGCGCGCGCCUAAGGCUGAAUGGAAGCAGCCUGGAGGCUUGGCGGCCUCUCAGCGGCUCAUGACGGGCGUCCCCGAGGCGGGAGGUGUUGAGCAGGGGCUCUGUGAGAGGGCGCGAGGGAUGCUUGGUGGUGCCUGCGCGCGCGUGACUUAAGAAGGCGACCUGCUGCCUCUCCUCUCCUCCCCCCCCCCCAUGGGCACGGAGUCCCCGGCACAGCUUGGCGCUACUACAGCUGCUGCUGCUGUUGCUUGGAUGAAGGUGGCGUCUUUUUAACGCCCAGCCGCUGAGGGACCGCAGUCUCCCGCCCUCUUUUUUUUUUGGCGGGAUGCUGAGCUAAAGGAUCCCCUCGCGCUCGGGCAUCUCUUUGGGCAGGGCGCGUGUGGAGGCUUGAGGGGGGGAGAAGCAGCGGUGUCGCUUGCGAGAGGAGGGUUUAUAUUGUACUGGGCUGCGGUGUGGGCGACACGGCUCUCCAAUGGCCUGCCCGCGGAGGAACAUUGAGUUGGAGCAUUUCGAGGAGAGGGACAAAAGGCAACAGCGCUCGAGCUCCCGGCGCGGCGGAGGGGGCAGCUCCACUUGCAGCAGCAGCUCGGGCCCCAAAGGGAACGGGCUCAUCCCGAGCCCCGCGCACAGCGCCCACUGCAGCUUCUACCGCACGCGCACCUUGCAGGCCCUCAGCUCGGAGAAGAAGGCGAAGAAGGCGCGCUUCUACCGCAAUGGAGACAAGUACUUCAAGGGCUUGGUCUACCCCAUCUCCAGCGACCGAUUCCGCUCCUUCGACGCCCUCCUUGUCGAGCUCACCAGGUCUCUGUCGGACAAUGUCAGUCUGCCCCAGGGCGUCCGCACCAUCUACACCAUCGACGGCAGCCGGAAACUCUCCAACCUCGACGAGCUGGUGGACGGUGAAAGCUAUGUCUGUGCAUCCAAUGAGCCAUUUCGGAAAGUUGAUUACACUAAGAACGUUAAUCCUAAUUGGUCUGUCAACAUAAAAUCUGUGUCAUCUCGAUCCCUCACAUCUUUGACAUCUGCAAGAAGUGAACUGAAGGAGAGCAAAGACUUCAUUAAACCCAAGCUGGUAACCGUUAUACGGAGUGGAGUGAAGCCACGGAAAGCUGUGAGGAUUUUGCUGAAUAAAAAGACUGCUCAUUCCUUUGACCAGGUGUUGACUGAUAUAACAGACGCUAUUAAGUUAGAUUCUGGAGUUGUCAAGAGAAUUUGCACACUGGAUGGAAAACAGGUUACCUGUUUGCAAGACUUUUUUGGUGAUGAUGAUGUUUUCAUUGCCUGUGGACCUGAGAAAUACCGUUAUGCUCAAGAUGAUUUUGUACUAGAUCACAGUGAAUGUCGUGUUAUGAAAUCCUCUUAUUCCCGUUCAUGCGGGAUAUCAAGGUAUGCUGGACCUAAAAGCCCUGGAUCUAAAAGCCCUGGAUCUAAAAGCCCUGGACCUUCACGUCGAAGUAAAUCACCAGCUUCAGUAAAGAGGGGUGGCCAUUACUCCAGUGCUUACUCUUCAGCAAAAUCCCCAGUAAACGGAGCUCCAAGUAGCCAGCUUUCAACUCCCAAAUCAACAAAAUCUUCUAGUUCCUCACCAACAAGCCCAGGCAGCUUUCGGGGACUCAAGAUUCCACCACAUUGUGGGUCAACUUGCAAUGUGAAUGGUGUGCCUGAACUAUCUCCUUGCCUAAGUCCUGAAAGUGUGAAUGGAAACAAAUGCUCAGGGACAUCAACUAUUCUUGAGAAAUACAAAGUGGGAAAGGUGAUUGGAGAUGGCAAUUUUGCUGUGGUAAAGGAGUGCAUAGAACGGUCCACUGGGAAGGAGUUUGCACUGAAGAUUAUAGACAAAGGAAAAUGUUGUGGAAAGGAACACUUGAUUGAAAAUGAAGUCUCCAUACUGCGCCAAGUGAAACACCCCAAUAUUAUCAUGCUAGUAGAGGAGAUGGACACUGUAACCGAGCUCUACCUGGUGAUGGAGUUGGUCAAGGGAGGAGACCUUUUUGAUGCUAUCACAUCUUCAACAAAAUACACAGAGCGUGAUGGAAGUGCAAUGGUCUACAAUCUAGCCAGUGCACUGAAAUAUCUCCAUGGUCUCAGUAUCGUUCACAGAGAUAUCAAGCCAGAAAAUCUAUUGGUUUGUGAGUAUCCAGAUGGGACAAAAUCGCUGAAACUAGGAGACUUUGGACUAGCCACUGUGGUUGAAGGACCCCUCUAUACAGUCUGUGGCACGCCAACAUACGUAGCUCCUGAAAUCAUCGCAGAGACAGGUUAUGGCUUAAAGGUCGACAUUUGGGCUGCAGGUGUCAUCACAUUCAUACUGUUAUGUGGGUUUCCACCAUUUCGUAGUGAGAACAAUGUGCAAGAAGACCUCUUUGAUCAGAUCUUGGUUGGAAAGCUAGAAUUUCCCUCUCCAUACUGGGAUAAUAUCACUGACUCUGCUAAGGAGUUAAUUAGUCUGAUGCUACAAGUAAAUGUGGAGGCGCGAUAUACAGCCGCUCAGAUUCUAAACCACCCCUGGGUGUCAGAUGAUGCCUCCCAGGAAAACAAUAUGCAAGCUGAAGUAACAGGUAAAUUAAAGCAGCACUUUAACAACACACUACCAAAACAGAAUAACCCAACCGCAGGGGUUUCUGUCAUCAUGUUUGACUUGACAGUCUGAGGGGCCCCAGAACUUCAUACUUUGUAUUUUUGAGACUUAUGGAUAAACCUGAAGCAGAAACCUGGUAUAAAAUAUAUUAUUUAACAGAGUGAUUUUAAAUUCUAACUCUUAGCUGCUCGCAAGUUUGCACGCCUUUAAGCUUGCCUCCAGUAUAAUGCAGUUCCUGGCUUCUUAUUGGUGUGGAGUUUUCUAAUCCUCUGGCCUGAUGGUUUUGUUGCUAGCCAGUGAAACACAUUGCGAACACUACUUAGGGGUUUUCUUUGCCUUUUCUCCUUCCCUGCUGAUUAAACUGCUGCAAUACAACUGAGUAAAUAUGUAUAAGGUAGUGAGAAGAAUAUGGAGAUGUGUAGUGCUGACUGUAGUCACUUGCUGCAUUAAUUAAAUGGGGAAUGAUAUUAAUCAAGGAUGAUAUUAGUAUUGAGGUGUAGAACAUAUACAAUAAUUUCCGUAGAUGUUCAAAGCCUACCUGUAUGGAAGUGCAAGGAAAGUGCAUUUCUUCUGUUCAGGCUUCUGUGGCAAGACCUGUAAGAGGAAUUUGGCAUCUCCUGUGUGAUGAAGCAUGUGUACACUUAGCUCAAGGGCAGCUUGAUCAUCUUCCCACGAGAGGUGGUAGUGGUGGUGAAGGCAUACAUAAAUUAUUUUUUAUCACACAACUGCAGAGGUGAACACAACUAGAAGGGUGUAUGCUUUUUAUUCUGACACGCAUUUUAUUUUGGGCUUCCCAGUUACGUGCAAAGAUCCCCCCAGAACCCCCCCCCCCAGUACAUAUUGCCAGUAUUCUAGCAACUUGGUCCCAUUGUCUACUGUGAAUGAACCAUUUCUUUAUAUUUAUAUAAGAAAUCACAGCAUACAGGGGACAAACGAGAUGAGGAGAGAUGCCAUAACAAAGUCACCCUCGCUUUUUACUUUUAGUAUCUAUUUUUAUUUGUUCUUGAGCCCUAAGAAAAUACAUGUUUAGGGAAUGUGGUAAAAUCAUCUUCACAUCUAUUCAGCAAGCAUUCAUUUCUUGUGUUCUGCUGUAUACAGAAUUGUCUUAAUUCCAAUUUAUUUUCAGCUUUGCAUCACAAAACAGUUCUUUCACAGAGAUUUUGAGUUAAAGCAGACAUGGCCCUCAUGUGGUAGAAGAAUGAAAUUGCAUCUUUAAAAAAUACAAUACAGUAUGCUGUUUCCCCCUUGGAAUCUUAAGAUAUAAUGGGUUGUAUCCAAUGUCAGUCUGAUUUAAACCAUUUAAACUGAUGGACUUGACUAAAGGCUACCUUGGGUCCAUUAAUUUCAGUGGGCACAUUCUGAGUAGGGACUACCCUUGCAUUAAAACCAUUUACUUAAAUAGUUCUAGUGCUACCUUUUAAUUUCAGAAUAGGGUUCUUUACGUUUAUAAAUGUUGCAAUACUAUUGGUUCUGCUUCAAGUAAAGUCUAGUGUCUGUCCCUUGCUUUCUUCUUUUGCUUCCUCCCCCAAUGCCUGCAUUGCUUUCCUCUGAGUAGGUCCAAGGCAAUGGUAUGUACUAAUUACGAUGCUUUUUCGCUACAUUAAAAAUAUGUUCUUUUUUUAGUUUGAAAGAAAAGGAGAAGUAACCAGAUAGCAGUCUGAAGUGGGGAUGUCUGUUAAGUGAUGCAGAAGAGGCACAUGGCAAGCUUUCAUUGCAUUUAUACGUUUGCACCAUUUGUACCAUUUCAGCCAUGCAUGAUGCUUUGUGUCCUGUGUCUUUGGGUGCAGAUUCUUUUUAAAGUAGAACUUGAACUGUCUGCAGAAAGGGAAGAUAACGGCUCUCCCAGGAUGCUAUUUGUUGAAUUACUGAUCCAUAAUCCCCAAACUGCACCACUGCCACUGCCAACAUGGUCUCGUGGAUGUGCAUUUCUCUGGUCACCCUCAUAAAGCAGAUAGAAAUAAGUAAACUUGUGUUUUGAGGCUGUUUAACACUCGUGAGAAUGAAAGCUUUCCCAGGUGGUACCAUUUUAGGCUGCAAGUGUGUGGGACAAGAUUGUAUGUUUGAAAUAUCUCCCGCCACCGCCACCCCAUUUCAUCUAAGAUCAUACAAAAUUUGUACAGUGGUGCCUCGCUUAACGAAUGCCCUGCUUAACGAAAUUUCCGCUUAACGAAAGGAUUUUUUUGAGCGGAGGUUGCCUCGCUAGACGAAUUCGUUUUCCGAAAAGUUCGUCUAGCAAAUCGCGGUUUCCCAUAGGAAUGCAUUGAAAUGCGUUCCUAUGGGCAAAAAAUUCAAAAAAAAUUCAAUGCAUUCCUAUGGGAUUCGCUCGGCGAAUUUUUCAUUAUAAGAAAAGACCCGUGGAACGAAUUAAAUUCGUCCAGCAAGGCACCACUGUAUAUCAUAGGGGAAAGAUUUGUCUUCGCUUUCACCCUGAUGUGCUAGUUAUGAAUGUGCAGGAAUUCUUCUAGUUGUGGGAAUAACCACUCCCACAUCAGAAGCCUGAAGUGGUAGAGUUUAUGAAAAGCUUUACAACUAGGUUCUGGUGACCUCCUUAGAUGAUAACCACAGCUCCACAUUGUGUGGAGUGGUGGCAUUAAAACUAAUGCCCCAUUGAUUUCUAUUUCUCCUCUAAGCAUGGAUUUAAUUCAGUGUGUCCUACUUAUUACCUUAUUGAUUUAGGGUGUAUUCAUAGGAUGCAGUGUUGUCUGUACAAGUAUUCUCAAUUAUCCCCAGCUUCUUGUACUGCCUAAUUUGUUUACUGUGCAAACACUGGCAUGGUCAGUAGCCAUUCCUGAUAUCUCUGUUGCUCAUUCUGCACCACUGUGAUUUCAGGAUUUGGUGGAGACUAUGUGAGCUUUAACCUGUAGAUGGUUGGAGCUGCUCACAUGAAGGAAGGGGAGUAUAGUAUGUAGAAGAACAAAACAUCUUUGCAAGCAUGCAUAUGUAUCUUUGAAGUAGAAAUAAGCCUAGCAUUAAAAACUCCUGUUGCUUUUAUAUCUUGUCCUAACAGCAUAUUAACCAAUUCUGGUCAAUGUGCCUUGAGCUACAUGAGAAAACUAUGCUGGUAAUGGUUACAUACCUAGAUUCAAAGUCCCCAUGCAAUUUAAUGUUUAUCCACAUAAGCUGCCUUGAUGCAAAUCUACAUCAGGGCUACCAGUUACUUGCUAGUACAGCUAAAUCAGGGUCUGAGUGCUUAACAGGUACGUUUUUACUCCCACCCUGCCACAUAUACAUGUUUUUUCCUCACCAGACUUGCAAAUGAGUUGUUGUUGUUGUUAUGGUUGUUUAAAGCAGCUCAUUAAAAUUAUCUCACUGGCAUUGCAAUGGCAUGUUGUUUUCAUGCAGUGCUUGUUCCUAAUGCGCUGGGUGUGAUGCAUGUGUGAAGCUAGUCUCCGAAACCAUCCACGCUAACCACAAAUUUAUAAAAGCCUUCCAAUGUUACUUCUCCUUUUCUUCUGACUAAUG